AUGGCUACUCAGGGAAAGGUCAUCACUUGCAAAGCUGCGGUUGCUUGGGAUGCGAACAAGCCAUUGGUGAUAGAGGAUGUGCAAGUGGCUCCACCACAGGCCGGUGAGGUUCGAGUGAAGAUUCUCUUCACUGCUCUUUGUCACACUGAUGCUUACACUUGGAGUGGCAAGGAUCCUGAAGGUCUUUUCCCCUGUAUUCUUGGUCAUGAGGCUGCUGGGAUUGUUGAAAGUGUUGGUGAAGGUGUCACUGAGGUUCAACCAGGUGAUCAUGUCAUCCCUUGCUACCAGGCAGAAUGCAGAGAAUGCAAGUUUUGCAAAUCAGGGAAGACAAACCUUUGUGGAAAAGUUCGUGCAGCCACUGGUGUUGGAGUCAUGAUGAAUGAUCGUAAAAGCCGUUUCUCAAUUAAUGGAAAACCUAUCUACCAUUUUAUGGGAACCUCGACAUUCAGCCAGUACACAGUUGUACAUGAUGUUAGUGUUGCUAAGAUCGACCCCAAGGCUCCUUUGGAGAAAGUUUGCCUCCUUGGCUGUGGUGUUCCUACUGGUCUUGGAGCAGUUUGGAACACUGCGAAAGUAGAAGCAGGGUCCAUUGUUGCUGUUUUUGGACUUGGAACAGUUGGCCUUGCAGUUGCAGAGGGUGCAAAAGCAGCCGGUGCGUCACGUAUAAUUGGCAUAGAUAUUGACAGCAAAAAGUUCGAUAGAGCAAAGGAUUUUGGAGUUACUGAAUUUGUGAAUCCAAAGGACCACGAUAAACCAAUUCAGGAGGUUCUCAUUGACCUCACUGAUGGUGGUGUUGACUAUAGUUUUGAGUGUAUCGGAAAUGUUUCUGUAAUGAGGUCUGCUUUGGAGUGCUGUCAUAAGGGCUGGGGAACCUCGGUUAUCGUGGGUGUUGCAGCAUCUGGUCAGGAGAUAAGCACUCGUCCUUUCCAGUUGGUGACUGGCCGUGUUUGGAAAGGAACAGCUUUUGGUGGUUUUAAGAGCCGUUCACAUGUGCCUUUGCUCGUAGACAAGUACAUGAAAAAGGAAAUUAAGAUCGAUGAGUACAUCACCCAUAAUCUGACUCUCGGGGAGAUGAAUGAGGCAUUUGAUCUGCUGCAUGAAGGAAAUGAUUCUUUCAUUCACAAUGGUAAUAUUGCUGGCAUGGAGUAA